AUGGGUACAGACACGAAGAAGUCUAGUCGGCCGCCGCCAUUGCCAGUGCCCACAGAGACCGAAUCGACCAUCCACACUGCAGCGCCGACCGGGACUGACCUGGGGACCGAACUUGGCAGCGAGGUAUCUGCCCCCGGAGACGAAAAGUCCUCUUAUUCCAUCCCAGAUGAUGGUACACCCGUAACUAUCCGAGCGGGGCAUCGCGCAAGCAAAUCGCAGACAUCUCUCCUGAUCGAGUACUUCGAAGGUGGGAAGAGCACCAGCGGCAACUCGGCGUCGGCCGACUCGCGCAAACCCAGUGUUCGAGUCCGCUUGACACCAAGCAGCAAACGUCGCAGCAGCAGGGGCUCCGACGGAGACCACAUUCGGAUCACCGAGUCAAGAUCAUCGAGAAAAGCAAGCGGCGGUCGCCGCUCUGCUGCCGAGACGCUGUCGGCGAUCAGCAACGAUCUUGAGGACGCCAGCUCAUAUGCUUCAGCCACAGAGGAGAGCAACGUUAGUCGAAACCCCAUUGACAUCGAAAUUGAACGAGGCGCUCGCCGCCGCCGCCCGGCGAGCCCUCUCAUACCGGCUGCUGAUGGUAGCAAGGCCAGUUACACAGGCGGCAACAUGAGUGACAUUUCGGCCAUACCAACCGACAGCUUCCUCGAUGGAUCUGGCGGGACCACCUCAUUCAGAGCAUCCGACUCCAAGAGCCCGGAUUAUGUAGCAGCUGCUGCCGUCGGCUUGGGUGCCGCCGCGAUCGCCACAGUCGCCUCUGAAAAGUCCCGGACACGAGAGGGGGGCCGCGAAAGGGUGGUUGUUACUAGGUCUCGAGACAAGGAGAGGGACCGCAGUAAGCACAAGUCUAGCAAGAGCCGGACGAGCAGUGUCAGCAAGGAUGACAAGUCUGCGGAUCGUUCAAGUAGGAGGUCAAGUAAAGGACACCCAGAGUCCAUGGUGUCAGUGGCCGACUCCAGCAUGGUUUCAUCGGCUCUUGCCCCCAGUCAUCGGUCCGUGGACCAGCACUCCAUCAGAUCUGGCGCCUCAAAGACAUCGUCCAUCAAUAAUCCGAAACUUUUGGAGACAGUGGAGGAUGCCAUUCGCCGCCUCAUUCUACCAGAACUCAACGCCCUCAAGCGAGAACAGAGCCGGCGAGGAAGCCGGCGUGAUUCCACGACAUCCAGCGCUACAUCAGCGUCGAGGGAUGAUUAUGCGAGCGACAAACGACGGUCCAAUGGCACCGACAAGAUGCUGACACCCCGCGACAGCCUCAAGACCAGCAAGGAGAGACGAGACCGAGAGGCACGAAAUAACGACUUCGACGACAGCAGCGCUCUCAGCCACGAAUCAGUAGAAGACUCCCAUGACCUCGAUAACACACCAGUUCGCAGCAUUGAGCCCCUGAAAGUUGCAGCCGCCGGGGCCGCUUUGGGCGCUGCCGCCGUUGCUGCAAACGAGGCGUUUGGUUCCCCUUCAGAAGACAAGCAACGGUCAAGGAGACGACGAAGGGACGAGAGACGAAAUCGCAGUUCUGAACAACAAGCGUUCGACCAGUACGAAGACUCGGACCUGCUUGCACCUCCAGCCCCACCGAUGCCUCUGAUGAGUGAUGUCAACGCCUCGGAUGUGACAAGGGCAUCCAUUUUGUCGGCCGAUACCGACAGACCCCACUCGGCCAGCGAGGAGCUCACCCCUGUUCGUGAUUUGACCCAAGGGCCGAUUUCGUCAGAGUCGACGCCGACUCCCACCAGGACCCCUGUCAACACUCUACAAGCCCUGGGAGCCCAACACGCUAACCUCUCGCACGGAGACCUCAAGGCGUUACCCCGUCAACGCACUGGUGAUCCUGACCAGUAUGUUCUUGAUGACAAUGGCAAGAAAGUCCCUUCUCGCCAUGCGCGGCAAUUUCAGGACGAGGAGUACGACGACGAGGACGAGGAGCCGUCCCCACAAUAUCCACCCAACCCAUACGAUUAUUACAGCACCCAAGACGUACCUCCACCCCUCAAAUACGUCCCCUAUCAACCCGAACGUCGGGGCCUCAGCCCUAUCCCCAGCGUCUCGGGAUAUACGGAAGCUGGUAGCGACGUAGGGCCAAACCGGGAUUCGAGAGCUACCCACCGCACUAUCGACUCGGAAAUUUCCACAGCCAACAAGUCUCCACGUCAGGAUGGAGGAGCAAUGAAUCGCAAUUUUGCAGGCUACGACGACGACGACCGAAGCGUGAGGAGCUCCAACGUCGACCAAACCCAAGGACCAAGCCCCGCCGGCAGCGAACUCGACCGCGUAACCUCGGGCCAGGCUGUACGUGCUGUUGCGUUGAAUCCAGCCUUUGUGCACCCUGUCGGCAUCGAGUCCAAUGUCGCAUCCCUCAUCGACGCCUCGAUGUUGGAAGGAUCAGCUUUGACGGUGGACUCGGACAAGCUUUACCAAGGCCGUGAAUCCAUGGCGACUCUUGACGAGGAAAUUGACCGACAGCUCGGUAGCCCAACCAAGCGCUCCGUGGUCAGCCAAGCUUCAGAAGGCCAGCGGUCUCGCGAGUUCGUACAGUAUGAUCUUGAUGAGUAUGGGCGCAAGGUUCCACAGAACACUACCUACCGCCAGUCCCCAACAGUAUCAGAAGCUGCGAUUGCCAGCCGUGCGGUGGAUGCCGCUGCAGCUGCUCUCCGGGCGCAGAACGGGAAGGGACAGCAGGAGACUCAGGAAGAGCAAGCAUGGCAGGGUGCUGGUGUCCAGCGCAACCGCUCUUUCAAGGAGCGCACACAAAAUGGACCACGUCCUGGAAUUGAUCCAUCACUCAGCACCGAGAAGCUUAACAGCGAGCAUGAGAAACCAACAAUGGCUUCGAGCUAUAUACCGAAUCAAAACGAGCUCAUGCCAGAAAUUUUGGAUUGGGGGUAUGAGGAUGAUCUUCUGACCAACCCAUCUCUCCUUGACGAUGAUGGCGGCCGUGACGAGGAAGGCCAGUGGCCUGAGGAAGCCACGCCUCGGCAGCGUGCUCAGUACCCACCUGAUGAUGACAUCGACUACGAACCCCUCGAUGGUUCGCCUGCGCAGCAAAAGGGCAACGGAGGAAAUCUUGUUAUUGCCGGCGCCGCUGCACUCGGUGCUGCUGCUGGCAUGGCCAUGGCCCAAAAUCACAGCCGACAGGUUAGCCAAGAGCACGACGAAUGGUAUCGCACCUCCGAAGAUCGCAAGCGUGACACCCUGGUCACAAAUCCUUAUGAGGGAACCAGUCCCAUCGCCAACCUCCCUGGGCUCGGAGGCAAUGGAUUCGACGCUGCUUACGAUGACUAUGGCACCCGUAGCCCACUCGGGCUCAAGGUCGACGAGGGCUAUAUUUCCCAAGGCCCCAACAAGACACCUGACGUCCAGGACAAAGGAAAGGGUGUUGAUUUCGGGCUUGCCACUCGUGGACCGGGUGGGGCGUUGGAUGAUCCAUUCUACAAUCAUGGCAACCCACGCCACCUUAGCGGCAUGUCUCAGGGCAUUGCCUCGCCAAUGUACGAUCCUGCCACCGGAAUGGGCAUGGACAACAUCGAAUCAAGAGAUAUUAUGGCUCUCAUGCAGCACUUGAUGGUUAGGGACGCGCAGCGCAGCGCAAGGGAUACCGAGAUUCUGGUCACCCUUGUCCGCUCUGCUACCGAGAUGCGCAACAACUUUGAGGAUCUCAAGAAGCUGUUGGCAGAUACCGAAGACGUUAUCAUCACCGAAGUCAAGGAGAACACUGACAAGAGCGUCACUCGCGCCAUCAAUGGCCCACGACCGUACCCCGGCAGCACCGCGGCUCGCUCGAUCCAGGAUGGCUCGGUUAAUGGCGAUGAUAUCAAUGCCAAGAAGAGAAGCAUCUUCCGCCGUGCCCUGUUGGGGUUGGGAGCCAAGGGAACCAACGACCUCGGCAGGAUCGAGGAUAUGCUGAACCAGUUGUUGACCGAAGUGGACGUUCUCAAGGCACAAACCGUGCCUGGACAACAGCGAGCUAUUCAGGACGACCGAUCAUCCUUCCACCUCCAGCCAGAAGGCCAGUAUGAGCAAGACCACGGCUAUGAGCCAGAGGGCCACGCUGGUACUUCGACAGCGAGCCACCCAUCACAGUCUCACUUCUCGCUGCAAUCUCGCGGAACAUCUGUGAAGCCUGGCUACGACCGCAUGACUUCGGGACACAGAAUUAGCACCGUUCCCGAGGACAGUGAGGAAGAGUAUGAUGCUCGUGGAGGGAAUGAGAGCGUCAACUACGACAACAAUGACAUGCUCAUGACCCCAGCAAAUAUUCAGCGUGCCGAGUCUGUGCCAAUGGCUACUCCGCCACAGGCACCAGCUCAGGCGCAAGCCUCCAUGAGCAACGAGAAUACGCCUCGGACCGAGGAAGGCAAGAAGAAGUCCCGGUCCAGCUGGUUCCGUAUCCCCAAGAUUUCGCGCUGGUCUGAAACCACCGCGUCCAGCGGCGUGGCCGAGUCUCGCCUCAGCAAGCAGUCCACCAAGACUGAGGAACUCAACCUUCCCACUGGACCAUCUCGCUCGGGGUCCCUGGAUCACUACUCUGAGAACUACCAGCUUGCGUCCGGACAAGCCCCCCAAACCGACAAGCUCCACAGUGGCUUCUCCGCACAGGACUUGAGCGAGGGUGGGUUCCAGCAACAACAGCAGCAGACCUACCACGAUGAGGAUCUCUACAACCAGCCCAUUCCGGGCGGGCCCCCUACUGCCAAUUGGAUCACCAUGGUCCCCGGGACGCCCGAGGACCCUAAGUACAAGGCUCAUCGCGACUCGCUCAACCUUCAGCACCCUCAGCCUCGUCAGGGACAGACUGAGCGCUUCAAGGCCGCCCUCGAGUCCCAAGCCCUGGGCUAUGACACUCCCAUGUCCCCCAAGUCGGCCGACUGGGCUGGCUCCGCCACGAGCCUCAACCGCUUCCCUCGCAACCCCAACCGGGACAGCUACGGUUCAGCCACCCAAGAAUACCAACAAAUGUGGUCGCAGUCCCCCGCUGCCCAGAACAUGACUGCCACCUCAGGCGGUCCCCCUCGCCCUCCCAAGGAGCCCCUUAACGACGUCAUCCCCAACAGCCCCGGCGGUGGCGGCCUGGUCCGCGGUGGCACUCCCAUCCAGAACAAGAGGGUCAGCAAGCUCCAAAAGGGGAGCCCCCUCCCUCACCACAGCGUUGAGAGCGGGUACGGCACCAUGACGCAUGGCGUGCCUACUGCCAGCUACAUCAGCGAGGGCCAGCGCAGCCCCAAGCCCGAGAACAGGAACUUGACUGGUGCGCAGACGCAGGUUGGCAGACGGCCGUCUGGGCCGAGACCGAUGACGCCUACUGGGCGGAGCGGGGGUGUCGCUAGCCCGCUGGGGAGUGAUUUUGAGGAUGACGAGAGACAGCAGGGGAGCCAGCAGAGGAGCAGGAAGAGAGAUACCUUUGGGACGAUGAACUCGCAGGAUACGGAUACUUUUUAAGCUGUUAAAAACAAAGAUAAUAAAGACGAGGGGAUGGAAGAGGAGACAGGACGGGCUUCUGUCUUGGUGUCGUUGAUGUGAUGUUUUGAUUAUGGAUGUUUUUUUUUGUUGGGAUUGUGUUUGGGGAUACCAUAUCUGUUUAUCUUGUGUUGUGAAUGGGUUGGAAGGGAUGGAAACCGGAUGGGACUUUUCUCGAGUUUUUGUGUGUAGAUGUGUAUGUUUUUUGAAGUUGGGAGAGCCACAUGGCACAUGAUUGGAUUAUUUGCUGUCUGUUGGAAUAUGGUUUUUCAUUUUAUCAUUGCGAUUAUACCCUUGCAAACUGCGAGCAAGCGAGCAAAAAAAAAGAUGGCGAUGUGUCUCUCUCUACGUGUGUGUUUGUUAUGAAAGAGAAUUUGGGGAGAAGAGCAAUCUUUUGGGCUAUGGGGAGGAAAGGAAAAGGGGACGGUCUGGAAGGUUGGCUGCUACGAUAUACUUGACCCCGUUGCGAAGUGUUGGGCUUUACUUGACCAUGUCCAUAGGUAUCUGAACAAAAGAAUUGAGAGGUAGUAACCAUUCAAUUGACAAAUUUCCCCACCA